AUGGGUUUACUAAGUCAUACGGGUUUCCUUGGGAAGUCGGUGCAAGGGAAGGCUCUUGAGAGUCUUGUCUGCGCAACUGCUGCAAGUGGUUUCUUACUUUUCGGAUAUGAUCAGGGUAUCAUGUCCGGAAUCAUUACAGAGGAAAACUUCCUCGCGUACUUUCCUCAGAUGGAACCCCACAACAAAUCUGGAGCAAUUCAAGCCUUGGUUGUUGCAAUUUACGAAAUUGGUUGUUUACUCGGGUCAUUUUUUAUCAUCGGCUUUGGCGACAAACUUGGAAGAAGGAGAGCUGUGUUAUUGGGAACUGUUAUCAUGUUGAUUGGUACUGCGAUUCAAGCUUCAAGUUUUGGGAUGGCUCAAUUGAUCGUGGGAAGAAUCGUUACCGGUGUUGGAAAUGGAAUGAACACUUCAUCCAUUCCAGUUUGGCAAAGUGAAAUGGCACCACCUAAGAUUCGUGGAUUUUUGGUCUUGUUCGAGGGUGCUCUGAUUGCUGGAGGCAUUAUGCUAUCGUAUUGGCUGAAUUAUGGAUUCUUCUUCGUCACUCAAUAUGGUUCCUUCCAAUGGCGCUUUCCGAUUGCUUUCCAAGCAUUUUUCGGAGUCAUUCUCCUCAUUGGUAUCCUCGCGUUGCCAGAAUCGCCUAAAUGGCUACUCAAGAAAGAUAAGGACGAGCACGCAAUCGAGAUUCUUUGUCGCCUACAAAAAUGCGAGAAAGAUGAUCCACGAAUUACGGAAGAAGUAAGGGAACUCAAGAGAGUUACUGCUAUCACCAAAGGACAAAAGCUCACACUUAAGGAAUUUUAUGGAAGUGGUCCUGAGAUGAACAGAUGGAGAGUUACUAUUGCAUAUACUUCGCAACUUUUCCAACAAAUUGGAGGCACUAAUCUUGUUACAUAUUACGCAACAACUGUCUUCGAGGACUCGCUUGGUUUCUCCCCGGCUCUUGCCCGUCUCCUAACCGCCUGCUAUGGAACUCUUUAUCUUGCCGCCGCCAUUUUCGCUUUGUUCAUUGUCGACCAUUUUGGCCGCCGCAAAAUGAUGAUCAUGGGUGCUCUAGGAAUGGGACUUUCAUCUAUGGUCAUCGGUGUCUGUCUUUCACAAACAACAGAAGACUAUAAGGCUCCCGGUUACGUUGCCACUGCCUUUAUCUUCAUCUUUAUUGCCUUUUUCGCAGUGGGAUGGUUAGGUAUUACUUGGCUCUAUCCAGCCGAGGUGACGCCGCUUCGAAUUAGAGCAGAAGCCAACGGUCUUUCGACGUCUUUCAAUUGGAUUGGCAAUUACAUUGUUGUUCAAUUGGCUCCAAUUAUGAUUUACAGCAUCAGCUGGAAAACAUAUUUCGUAUUUAUGUGUGUCAACCUUGCUUUCGUACCAGUCAUCUGGUAUACUUUUGUGGAGACCAAAGGAUACCCACUUGAAAAGCUCGAUGAGAUUUUUGAAGAAGCAUAUGAAAAGGGAGAGAAUCCCGUAUGGACAGAAAGAAGAAUUAGAAAGAAUGCAAAGGAGUUACUAAACGGCGGAAAGCACGCAGAAGAAGGCGUUGCUACCGGCGCCCACAUUGGAGAUGAGGAAAAGAUCAGAAGAGAAAGUAGAAACGAAAACAUGGCUGCGAAUGCUGGACGUUUGCAUAAUCAUGUCCAUGGUGGAGAAAGUGGAAGGACGAGUGGCGAAGACACGGUAAUUGAGCAAAGAGAGAAGAUGGAGGAGGAGGUUGAUAGAACGGAUAGAUACCCUUUUGCUGGGAACUGA